CAGUGGGUGUUUGUGCAUACACGGUUUGAUAUUAAAGUUGCCUAUAUUAUAUCUGUUCCUGCUAAUUCCUGCGAACUUGGCAGCUUGGCACCCAGAUGAGUAACAUAUGACUGAAAUGACUACGUUUAACGGCACUUUCUACACUUUGUACGUUGCUUACAGCCUCUACUUCUACCGAUUCCAAUAAAUACGUAAUGGACGCAAAGUUAAAAGAAUACCGCACGCGAAAACAACGAGAGGAGUUUAUAACUACAUCAAAAAACGCUGUCGCUGAUUUUGGGCAUCGCCUUUACGAUGGUAUUUUUGCCCGAACUUCCAACAAACACCAAAAUAACAGUAAUAUUGAAGAUGAUACUGAACCAAUGCUCUUAAACAAGUCAUCUGAUAGGAAACAGUCAGAUUCUGAAGAUGAUGAAGUCAUUGAACACAGAGUCCCCUCAGAUGCUGAGAUUGACACCUUAAACUGUUGCUCCACCACAAUUGUGAUAAAAUACUUGCUAAUUUUUAUUAUUUGGGCAAGGUUUUAUAUUUUUAUCCUAUGGGAGUUUGGAAUGGUUUACUUUGGAAUAUCUGCAUUAGUGAUGAUGUAUUUGAACACAAGAACAGGCAGAAAACUUAAGGGUGAAAUAAGUGCAUACUCAGUGUUUAACAAGAACUGCCAAAGUAUUCAUGGCACUGUUAAAGCUGAAGACUUGGAGAGACAAAUGAUUUUUGGACAACUUUGAUAAUGAACUUUAAACAAAAACUAGCUUUAAUAAUAUCAGUGAUUAUGUUAACUCAAUAAAAACCAAAUAUAAAACUCUAUAUUAUAAUAAAACACUAUAUCUCAGAAA